UUGUGGCCUGUUCGUUUGGUGUCCGUGUUAUCCUGAGAGGAGGGAGGACGGAACAACGAUGGUGUCCAAUUGAGGUGCACGCGCGUGUGAAAGGGUCUGGCUCAGGACUUAGGUUUGAUAUUGCUUUUGGACAGUGGUGUCUUGCCGGGUUGUGUUGGGAUAUUGCUGCGAUCUUCAUAUCCAGGCGCUUGUGUCCUGCUUCAAUCUUCAUGUCCUUCUGUUUGGAGCCUCACUAGUUGCAGCUUGAUCCCAAAUAGUAAACACUCCCAAAUGAGGCUCGUUCCUGAUGAAGUGCAUGCCUGAUCUCCUGCUCCUCGGAUGCUGCCUGACCUGCUGUGUUUUUCUAGGACCACUCUAAUCUAAUCCUGACUCCCAAAGCCUGACCCCCAUCUACAAGGCACAGAUGGAAGAACGAUGAAACCUGGUGUAUCUGGAUUAGUGCAGAUCCAACAACAUUCAAGAACCUUGACACCGUCCAGGACAAAGCAGAGCAUUUGAUGGCGUUACAUCCAUUGCCUCCACUACUGAUGCUCAGUAGCAACAGUGUGUACUAUCUAUAAGAUGCACUACAGAAAUUCAUCAAAGACCCUUAGACAGUACCCUUCAAACCCAUAAUCCCAAUCAUCUAGAAGGACAGGAGGAGCAGACACAUGAGAACACCAUCACCUGCAAACCACCUACCAUUCUGACCUGGAACUAUAUUGCCUUCAGUGUAACUAGCCUAAAUCCUGUAUAUAGGAUCACCAACAGUGAGGCAGAAUGAUGGGGAAAUGCUUGCCAAGACUUCAUCAAUUCUACAAGGAAUUGUUGGCAGAAGAGAGGCCCAGUGAGGACAUUCCAAAGCUAGCAGCUUUGCUUUCUCCCAGUGUUUGCAUGGGUGAUCCAAACAUUUUUAGUCCUACUAAUGAAUCAAGUAAUGAGACUUAUCGUUUCUCUAGGGGCACAGUAACUUCAGAUAGUUACAGCAUGCCGCAUGAUAGCAACUCUACCCCAAAUGACAGUCAGAAUGAAAUCUCAUUGAUUCAGAUAUCACUGAUUCAGAUGAUGUGUUCCAAAAUAUUUUCUGAAGACUUGAAUGAAGAUGUCAGAGAAUCAUAUGUGAAGACCUUAAGAAUUCUAUUGGAAGAUAUGGAACUAUUAUCUAAACUGGUUUUGCUGUUUGGCCACCCAGACAAGCUGUUGUCUCAUUUGGCUGUGAAGAGUGUUGCAUCAUUGAUUCUUGUUGAGAUUUUGGUGAUGGAUCUAUCUGUGGAGAGUUGGAUCAGCAGUUAUCUGUAUGCUCUGUCAGAAGACCCUGGAAAUAGCCAAGCAGCUGAAUGGGUGCAAACAAUUACACUUGUCAUUAAAGAAGUUUUAAAAAGAAAGUCUCUGAAUAAGGCAGUGAUCAUAGAGAAGUUCCUCACUCCAAUGGACUCUGUGUUUAGUGGUUUGUAUUCCUUCAUGUUCACCUCAUAUUCUGAUGACUGCCAAACAAUUGGAGCUACAACAGGACCUGAUACCGAAAACAUUGCCACAACCAAUCAACUUGUAUUUGUAGAUUUACUUGAAAUUUUUGUCAGUAUUAGAAUCCAGCUGAAAUUAAAUUUCCCUUGUCUGAGGAUAUUAUACCUGCGAACCUCACAAUUGCUACAGUAUGUUGUUUCCUCAGCUCAUUACUUAGUUAAAAAGAGGCUGCUUGUGCUGCUAAAACAAUGUGUUCUUUGUCAUGCUAGUGAAAGUAAUGUGAAUGAUUCCUCUUGUGCAACAUCUGAGCAAGAUAUCCAUAUGCAACAUGACCUUCUGGCUGUAUCGAAUGCAGUGUUACAAGCUUUGGUGUCUGGUCAGUUCAGAGAACUUGCUGUUAGUCCCAAGCCAUGUUUCUUUGGAGGCAAUGAGGUGGUUGGUGUUGUAGAUUCUAACUGUGGACCAGACCUCGUGAUGAUAAGGGCCGUUUGUCUAAUUCUAAUUAAAGCCAUGGAGAUUAAGGUGCAAACCAGGACCUUUGAUGUCACAGAACAAGGCUGUCUAAGAGCUGAGCUCCAACCUUGCGUAUCGCAGUUGAUGACAUUUCUGAGGAUGCAUUUUCGAUGCCCUGUACGUACCCAACAGCUCUCUCAUCCAUGUGUUUUGGUUUCAAUAGUUUUUGGUGAGCAGGAUGAUGAUAUGGUGGAAGCUGCCAGAGCACUACUAACCAUCUAUAUAAGUUGCUACAGGUCUUUGGAUAUCUAUCCUCAGGAAAACGCAAACAAUUCUUGUGAAGCAUGUGAACAUUGCUUCAAUCCCCAUUGUAUCUUUCUCCUGAUUUUACAGAGUUUAGUAUUUGAUCAUUCUGUCCUGCUGGAUUUUCUGAUUUCCACUGAAACCUGCUUCCUGGAGUAUUUAGUGAGGUAUCUGCGACUCCUUCAAGAGGACUGGCGGUUCUUCUGCUGCAUUUGUGCUCAGUUUGAUGAAGCUGCUGCUGCUGAAUCAUUUUGUUGCUCUGAAAUAAAUGAAAUCUGUGAUGACUUCAGUCUCAUUCCUCCUGUAGAACAAGACAGAACCAACAAUCAAAUUGUCACUGAAAACUCAAAAGAAGCAGUUGUAACUCCCACAACACCACACUUUCUCACACCUGUGAGGGACCCAAGAAACAAUGUAGAUACUGUGAAGAGUAGCAACUCAGGACAUCUGAUGAGCAGUAACAGGCCCUGGCCAUGUGAGCAGCCUCGAAGUCUAGUGGAUUAUGAAAGUUCUGAGGAUUCAGACAACGAAGUAAUGGAAGCUUCCUGCUUAAAUAUCCUCAGCCUGGACACCAAUCAGGGUAUUGUAACAAAUAACACGUUAACAAUUGGUGAAACAGUGAAACAUGAUCCUGAAGCAAUAAGCAUAAAAGUUGUAAGAAACCCAAGAGAAAUAAAGUCACAUAGUUGUGAAAACAACACAAAAAUGCCCCUGGAACGAAUAUUCAAGAAAUCAGUGAGUUGUUUGACUGAAUUGAGAAAAACUAUUAGCCGUUUGCAGAGAAGAAAUCUUUUUCCAUACAAUGCAACAGCACUGCUAAAACUGCUUUCAGAUAUUGAAACACGGAGCAGAAGAGAUUAAUUAAUCCUUGCUUAAGUACCAGUGAAUAAUAUAUCAUUUGACAGACCAGAGUUUCCUCAAGUGUUAUCUUUUAUUAAUCCAUAAUUCAUUCUUGCAAAUAAAAUUCAAUAAGAAAUCUGAGUUUAACUCAAAUGAACGGAAUGAAGAACAGGAUAUGAAAUUUGGUUGUUUCAUCUUUGUAUAUUUAAUUUUA